UAAAGAAGGUUUGCAGUUGUAGCAGUUUGAUUGAUCAUGGAACCAAGAAAGCUGAAAAAAGUCUACCAGCGGUCUGAGAGCGAACUUGAUGGACAACUGAGUAAAGAGCAGAGGGAUCAGAAGAAAAAACAACUAUUCCUGCAACAAUUUGAAAAAGAGGCGCAGGAACGCAUUCGGGAGAUGGAACUGAAGGCAGAGCAGCUUUUGGCGACGGUGGAAAGGGCGUUUAGAGUGGAACUGAUGAAAUUGCCACCUCAACUGCAAGGCACACUUCUGAAAGAUUUAAUGAAGGAGAACGACGAAGAGGCGGGCGAAGUUACCAUCGCAAUGAAGGCCCAAUCGCCAGAGAUCCAUCGGCCUCUAACCAGGAAGUCCAGCAAAAAGGCGCAGGCGAGAGCGAAUCCUCCUAGGAGGAAGAGAAUGUUGUCCGUGCAAAACCAGACCCCUUCAUUGGCAGCAUCGACGGGAAUGUCCAAAUCCAGAUCUACAUGCGUGUUGCACGUUUCAAGCAGUUCGAAAGUUCGAGGGUCUUCGACUUCAGUAAUUAAAAGGACUCGAUCUCGUGCUUCCAAAGCCGAUGACCUUGUCGCCUCAUCUAAUGGUCAAAAAAGGUCCACAAACUCGCGGGGCCUUUCCUUUAAUCCGUUCGUUACGGCCUCUGCUACGAUAUUGACUUCUUGCGGAGAGGCUCUCUGUCUAUCCGAUGAUGUAAAAGACGACAUUGACGUGGACAUGCUUGACGAUACUGCAGUUCAUCAGAUGCAGAAGUUGAUGCAAUUGAUGGAUUACUUGUGCACUAAGGCCAAAGUCAACAACGGCCAAUGAUCCAUAUUGGAAGCCUCCGCGUCCUCAAGCUUUGUUAUAUUUUAAAUAUAAAUGUUUAAUAAAGUUCAACUUCAUAAGUUA